AUGACUAUGACACUAGACUCCCAACAACGAUUCGGACCUUUAAACACAUUCGACCACAUGUCUUCCUACGCUACUUCCUCCACCUCUCCCCAGUUCUCAAACCCCUGGGCCAACACCUCGUCCUCCCCUCAAGCACCCAACGGCUUGUAUGCGGUCGGCAACGGUCACGGUCUCGGUUCGGGUUUGAGUCUGGACAGGUCACAUACUGCCCGCACUAGCACGAGCAGCAAUGCCUCAUCUUUGGGUUCUUAUGGCCAGAUCCCAGUGACGGCAGCAUCAGCAGGUAGUCUCCCCAUGGCAGACCCUCUGCCUAGGACGGACUUACUCACGCUCCCUCAAGAUAUCCUCAGUAUCAACCGCAUGGCCGCCACCUCGGCUCCUGCCUACGGUGAUGCCUCUUACGCGACGGCCCCCUCCCCAGUCAACGGCUCUUACACCGCCUCGCCCACGCCUUACGAGACAAUGGGAUACGCUCCCGCUCCCAUGCGCUCUACCUUCGCCCUCGCCCCGGAACCCGAGCACUCUAGAAGAUUCUCUCACUCGUCAGUACCCUCAACUUCCUUGGUCGACGUCUCGGACCCAAACGUCCUGGCCCGGCCACAACGCAACUCAAUGAUUGACUUUAGCAACAGAGGAAUCCAACAUCACGAUGACCGCAGGAGCUUCGCCGAUGCACUCGACGCCAGCCAUGGCAUGCUCGCCAUGAGCCAAGAGACCCCGCGCAACAUCUACGGCGCUCGCAGUGACAGGGGCUCUGGCGAUGCUUACGGCUUCCCCUCGACUCACUCUACCAGCUCUUCCGUUUCCUCCGCGUCCGGAUUUGGCAACUACUACGGUGCCGAUUCCGUUUCUGACUACUCUACCGCCGGCUCGGACAUCGAGUCUGUCACCUCCAGGACAUUGCCUCGCCCUCACGGUCUCAUGGCGCCUCAGAUCCCUCCGGCUCCCCAGUCCAUGAUGGGACAGUUCAGCUCCAAGGUUUCAUCCAGCACGCAGAAGAAGCACAAGUGCAAGGUCUGCGACAAGCGAUUUACCAGGCCCUCGUCUCUCCAGACUCACAUGUACAGCCACACUGGCGAGAAGCCUUUCGCUUGUGAGGUUGAGGGAUGCGGCCGCCACUUCUCCGUUGUAUCAAAUCUCCGAAGGCACAAGAAGGUGCACAAGGGCGAUGCCCGGUCAGAGGCUGGAUCCGAGGAUCACAACUCCGACUAA